AUGCAGAGGACAAGAGCCUUGCGCCAUGCCGCUGUCAACGGAGCCAAGAGGGCCGUGACGGAGCUUUCAAACUACCCCAGGGCAGGCGAGAAGCUUCACGGCUUCACGCUGCUGCGCUCCAAGCAUGUGCCUGAGCUCGAGCUCACGGCCCUGCAUCUGCAACACGACAAGACUGGUGCUGAGCAUCUCCACAUAGCCCGAGAUGACAGCAACAAUGUCUUUUCCAUCGGCUUCAAGACCAACCCUCCAGAUGAUACCGGCGUGCCUCAUAUCCUGGAGCACACCACUCUGUGUGGCAGUGAGAAGUACCCUAUCCGAGAUCCAUUCUUCAAGAUGUUGCCACGCACUCUGUCCAACUUCAUGAACGCCUUCACUGCAUCGGACCACACCUUUUACCCCUUCGCCACCACCAACGCCCAGGACUUCCAAAACCUGAUGGGCGUCUAUCUUGACGCGACCCUUCACCCAUUGCUCAAGCAGACAGACUUCACGCAGGAGGGAUGGAGGAUAGGCCCGGAGAAUCCCCAGGCCAUCGCCAGUGGCCAGGACGCCAAACCCGAGGAUCGGAAACUGGUCUUCAAGGGCGUUGUCUACAACGAGAUGAAAGGGCAAAUGUCCGAUGCUGGCUACUUGUACUAUAUCAGGUUCCAGGACCACAUCUUUCCGGACAUCAACAACUCGGGCGGUGACCCUCAGAAGAUAACCGACCUGACCUAUCAGCAACUAAAGCAGUUCCACGACGAACAUUAUCACCCGAGCAACGCCAAAUUAUUCACCUAUGGCGACAUGCCGCUCGGCGACCACCUGAAGGAGAUCGAUGCCCAGCUCAGUGCUUUUGAGAGGAUACAAGGAGAUCUGAAGAUCCACCGUCCUAUUGACCUCAGCCAGGGGCCCCAGGACAUCACGGUCCAAGGCCCAGUCGAUCCAUUAAUGGACGCGAACAGACAAUUCAAGACCUCAGUCUCAUGGGUGCUAGGUGAAACCACAGACGUUGUGGAGUCGUUCUCGCUAUCUCUUCUCUCUGCGUUGCUCAUGGAUGGGUAUGGAUCACCCCUCUACAAGGCCAUGAUCGAAUCAGGGCUGGGCCUCGACUGGUCACCGAAUACCGGCUACGAUAGCUCCAACUCUCGCGGCAUAUUUUCAGUCGGUUUGAGCGGCGUACAAGAAGCAGACGUCCCGGCGGUCAAGACAGCGCUCCAAAAGACGCUGCGCGAGAUGCGCGACAAGGGUUUCGAGAGGUCAAAAAUCGACGGCUAUCUACACCAGCUUGAACUUGGGCUCAAGCACAAGACAGCCAAAUUCGGCAUGUCAAUGCUGCACAGGUUGAAGCCGGGCUGGUUCAAUGGCAUCGAUCCGUUCGACUCUCUUGCCUGGAACGACACCCUCGCAGCAUUCGAGGCAGAGCUGGCCAAGGGUGGCUAUCUGGAAGGUCUGAUGGACAAGUACCUCUUGAAUGACAACACCCUGACGUUCACGAUGACGCCUUCGCCUGAUUUUGGGCAAGACCUGGCCAGAGAGGAGGCCGAUAGGCUUGCCACCAAGAUUGAAGCUGUGACGAAGCAAGCCGGCGGCGAGGAGGCUGCCCAGAAACAGCUCGAAGAGAAGGAGAUCCAACUACUCGAAGAGCAAAACAAGACCAAUACGGAGGACCUCAGUUGCUUGCCAAGUGUCCACGUCCAAGACAUCCCGAGGCGGAAGACCGGUCCAAUUUUGAGGGAUGAUGCCGUCAAUGGUGUCAAGACUCAAUGGUACGAGGCCCCGACCAAUGGACUGACAUACUUCCGUCUGGUGACAGCCUUGGAUAAUCUGCCGGAUGAUCUAAGGCUGCUGGUUCCCUUGUUCACCAGUUCAAUCAUGCGCCUGGGGACAAAGGACACAUCUAUGGAGCAGCUGGAGGACCUGAUGAAGCUCAAGACUGGAGGUGUCUCUGUCAACUAUCAUUCUGCCCCGUCAGCGACCGAUUUUACUCGCGCCACCGAGGGCUUCGGCUUCACAGGCAUGGCGCUAGAUCGCAACGUGCCUCACGUCUUCGACAUACUCCACAAACUAGUCGUCGAAACCAAUUUCGACAGUGCCGAAGCUGUACAGCAAAUCCGGCAACUUAUCCAGGCAUCGGCCGAUGGCGUCGUUAACGACAUUGCAUCGUCUGGUCACUCGUAUGCACGUCGUGCUGCCGAGGCCGGGUUGACCAACCACGCAUAUCUCUCCGAGCAGAUUGGUGGCUUGUCGCAGGUUAGGCUGAUGACCUCGCUCGCGAGCAGACCAGAGUCAGAUCAGUUGGAAGACAUCAUUGCGAAGCUCAAGCAAAUCCAGCAGCUGGCGAUGACGGGCGGUAACAUCCGCGCAGCGAUCACGUGUGGGAGCGAGUCUGUCAAGGCUAACACGGCUGCCUUCUCGAACUUCCUCAAAUCCUUCUCUGGUCCGGCCAACCUCCCGGCACAAGCACCAAGGAAGUUCGAACGCAACAUCAAGACAUUCUACCCGCUACCCUAUCAGGUUUACUAUGGUGCCCUAGCUGUCCCCACGGUCUCAUACACGUCCGCCGAUGGAGCGCCGCUCCAGAUCCUGUCGCAACUUCUCACACACAAGCAUCUUCACCACGAGAUCCGGGAGAAGGGAGGCGCGUACGGUGGCGGUGCAUACCACCGGUCAAUGGAGGGUCUUUUCGGUUUCUACUCGUACCGCGACCCCAAUCCAGUCAACACGUUAGGCAUCAUGCGUAACGCCGGUCGCUGGGCGGUUGACAAGAAGUGGAGUGACCGCGAUCUGGAAGAUGCCAAGAUCAGCGUUUUCCAGUCUGUCGACGCGCCGGUGUCAGUGAACGAGGAGGGCAUGGGCCGCUUCCUCUACGGCGUGGACGAAGAGAUGAAGCAGCGGAAGAGGGAGCAGCUGCUUGAUGUCACCAAGGAGCAAGUUCGCGAUGUUGCGCAGAAGUACGUCGUGGAGGCGCUCGACAAACAGGCCGAGAGGGCAGUCUUCUUGGGCGAGAAGCAAGCCUGGGUCGACGGUGAGUGGAAAGUCGAGAACAUGAAUGUCAAUGGCGGGGAGACUUCCUCGUAA